AUGCCCAUGAUGCCGCAGAGGGGGGCUGUCGACGACGAGAUUGCCGCUAUUCGCCGCGAGUUGGUCAGUCUCAAAGAGCAGAUGGAAACCGGGUCAUUGACCUCAUCUGUUGCUUCACUUGAUAAUGGGGACGGGCAGGCGGUGGACGAGGACGAUGAUGAUGUUGAUGACAAUACGACGGUACUGCAGCGUUCCCUUGAGCAGCUGGUGACGCGGCUGACGCAGGAGCGAGAGAGGCGGCUGCGGCUGGAAAAUGAGGUGCACGCCUUGCGGGUGAGCAGCACACGCAGCACUGCUGAAGCAUCGCAAGCACUGCAGGUGAAGCAGCAGGAACUCAAGCGGCUCACACAGGAGCGGAGGGAGCUUCAGGAGUGGCUGCAACGCGGUGUGAAUGAGUGCCGCCGUGUAGCGGAUGAGGCGUUGCGGUUGAAGGAGGAGCUAAACGAGCGUACUCAGCGCUGCGAUGCUCUAGAGGCGACCAAAGCGGAGCUGCAAAAUAAGGUCGAUGCAGUGCAACAGCAGCUGGCUGACACGCAGUUGCAGUUGGAGCGGGCGCGAGACCGGGACCAGCUGCUGGACGCCCGCCUCAAGGAGAACGCCCUCACCCCACAGGAGUUGGAGGAGAUACGACAGAAACGUCUAAAGGACUACGAGGCACUUACGGCGGAGGUGGAGUCCCGCCGUCAUCGCAUCGACACCCUCAAGGACGCCGAAAUGUGCGUGCAACUUCUCACGGAGCGGUUACAGCUGCUGCAGUUGCACGUAGCGCGGCUGAGCCAGGCGGUGCGUAAGGGCUGCGUCCAAGAGGUGUCGCCUAAUGACUUGUUCCAGCGUGAGAACGUUGCGGAGCCCUCACGACCGCUGGAGGAACUUGUCGUGCGGGUAAAGGGCGUGUUGCAAAGCCUCUCAAGUGCGCUGCAGCAGCUGCAGGUGGAUGUGGCCAAGUUCGUGGCGGAGCAGCGCUGCCUCCACGAGGAACAAGCGGCGACGCACCGCGAGCAGCUCGAGGCCACGCACAUGGAGAAGCAGACGGCGCUGCACAUGUACGAGACAGAGCGCGAGGAGUUGCUGGGCACCAUCGCCCAACUCAGGGCGGAGACGCUGCGACUCCUCACAAGGUGUGCUGCGUAUGAUGCCGAGGAGGCAGACCGCCAGGAGGCCCGCAUCGGCGAGGUGGAGGCAUUGAUGGCGUCGAAUAAGCAGCUGGCCAUCGAGAACGACGAGCUGCGCGAGCAAAACGUGGCUCUGCGGGCGAAGCUGAAGCGGCUGAAGAUAAACUGGAGAAAAGUUCACGACAGCCAGCUGCGCUUUCAGGGGCUGCAGGCGGAGGUGGAGAUGAUCGCGCAGACCAACGAAAAGGUACAGAAGGAGAAUGAGAAUCUAAAGCUCCUCAUUGAGACACGCUUCGGCACGUCGCCUCCACAACAUGAGCAGCAGUCUUUCAACAAGAAGACAACAACUGCAGGCUCGCUAGCGCGCCCCAGCGUUUCGACCAUCCUGGCCGAUGGCAACAGUAGACGGCGUGACACGAGCCGAGGCCAAUCUGUGGUUCGUCGAGACCCGUCACGCCGCAGCAACGAGCGGGAGUUAUUCCGAGAGUGGAAACGAACCGUUAUAAGUGAUUAUCUUGAAUAG